AUGGCGUCGUCGCGGCUGCCUCCGCACGCGCCGUUGUUGUCGCGAGGCGCGGUGCUGGAGUCGCGGUUCGAAGUGGAGAAGAAGAUCGGCGAAGGCACCUUCAGCGAGAUCUACCGGGCGCGCGACACGGUGACGGGGCGGCAGGUGGCACUGAAGGUGGAGAAGGAGGAGUCGGUGCUCAAGUGGGAGGUCUGGGUGCUCAAGCGCCUGCAAGGGUGCGGGGCGGUGUGCGAGUAUGUGCACGCGGGGCAGGCGGGGGGGCGCGCGUACGUGGCGAUGGAGCUGCUGGGGCCCAGCCUCUCCGACCUGCGCCGCACGCAUCCCCACGCGCGCUUCCCCGUCGCCACCCUCGUACCCCUCGCCCUGCAGAUGCUGAGGGCGCUGAGGACCAUGCACGACCACGGCUUCCUGCACCGCGACGUCAAACCCGUCAGUGCCCUCCCCACCCCCUCCUCUCUGCAUCGCCUUGCCUUGCCAUGUCUACCUGUAUCACCAACGUCCCUCGCCAUCUGCAUCACCCGCUCCUUGCACCAUUCCGGCACCCAAGCCUCCCCCAUGCGCCAAUCAUCGUCCUCAGCGCGCCCCUCCAUGCACACCCGCUCACCUACCCCCUACCAACCCCCUCAUGGCGCGUGUGAGCAGUCCAACUUCGCGAUGGGCGUGGGCUCACGGCAGCAGCAGUGUUUCGUGAUUGACUUUGGCAUAAGCAAGCGAUUCCGCUCCUCCCACGGCGUGCACCCCGCUCGCCAGGUGGCCGAGUUCCGCGGCUCCACUGCCUACGCCUCUGUGCACUCGCACCUGCUCAUGGUAUGGCUCCGUGCACUCGCACCUGCUCAUGGUAUGCCUCCGUGCACUCGCACCUGCUCAUGGUAUGCCUCCGUGCACUCGCACCUGCUCAUGGUAUGCCUCCGUGCACUCGCACCUGCUCAUGGUAUGCCUCCGUGCACUCGCACCUGCUCAUGGUAUGCCUCCGUGCACUCGCACCUGCUCAUGGUAUGCCUCCGUGCACUCGCACCUGCUCAUGGUAUGCCUCCGUGCACUCGCACCUGCUCAUGGUAUGCCUCCGUGCACCCGCACCUGCUCAUGGACCUGGGGCGGAGGGACGACCUGUGGUCGCUCUUCUAUGUGCUCGUGGAGUUUCUUGACGGGGAGCUCCCUUGGCGCCACGUGCAGGAGAAGGAGAGGGUGAAGGAGAUGAAGCUGUAUUUCUUUGACCACCCGGAGCAGAUGACCAAGUCCGUUGCCUUCCCAGAGGAGCUCUCUGUGAGUCCCUCGCGCUGCAUCCAUUGCCACCCUUGCCACACCACCCCACUCUUCUGCACUGCUCUCACCUUUCCUACCUACACUUCCACCUAUCGCGCUCCUUGCAUCUCCUCAUCCAAGCCCUUCCGCCAACUGCUGUCUUAUGCCGCUCUGCCCCACCCCCCCUUGGCCCCUCAGGCGUUCGCGGAUCACCUGCAGGUGCUGCAGUACGCCGACAAGCCCGACUACGCCUACCUGCUCAACCUCCUCACUGCCUGGAACGCCCGCUGUGGCGGCGCCUCCCCCCCCCAGGAUGCCCAAGGUGCUGCCGAUGCCGCACACGCUGCGCUGCCACCGCCUCCCCCACCCCCUGCCACGGCCAACGGCCACUCUCACUCUGCCCCAGCGCGCCAUGCCUCUCACGACUCGCCCCCCAUGCUGCACCCUGCCGCAACCACACCCGCUGCUGCUGCCCUUGGCAACGGGGUGCAUGGCACGCCCGUCACCUCACCCGUCGCCUCGCCUGCCCUGCCAUCUGUACUGCACUGUGCACCACCACCUGCCAUCGCUGCGGUCAGUGGGACUCCCGUGCUGCCUGCACCCUCACCCUCAGUGGCACGGGCGGCAGCAGCAGAGGCGGCAGCGGCAGGCGCAGGAGCAGUUGCUGCUGCACCCGCUGGUGGCAGCCCAUCCACACCUACACCGCGCUCCGCCCCUCCUCCCCCUGCCUCUGCCCUCGCUGCACCAACGCCUCCCACCUCUACUGCUCCCAGCGCUACCCCAUCCAGCCCUACCCCUCGCACCCCCACCACUUCAAGCCCCACCGCGCACAGCAAUGGCGUCCCACGGGAGGACAGCAAUACCGCCCACCCUGCUUCUCCUGCCGCUGAUUCCCCUCCCGCCGCCGCUGCGUCUCAUGCUCCUGACGUGGUGCGUGCUGCGUCGCUGUCUGCUGCCCCUCCGCUGCUGCCAGACCCAGGCGCCGCCCCUGUGGGCAGCAGCGCAGGUGGGGGUGGCGCGGCAAGCCCCUGUGUGCGGCCAGCAGGGAAGGAGUGGGAGGGCGAUCUGGGCGAGCGCGAAAUGCAGGGCACAGAGGCGGGCAGGCAGGGCAGAGCAGGGAAAAGGAUGGGUGAAGGGGUGCGUGCAACCAGGGGGCAGGGCGCUUGUGACGGGGGCGAGAGGAGAAGAGGCGCACAGCGCAGGGACAGGGACGCGCAUGGCGCAGCGUGGGAAGCAGAGGAGGGGAGGUGCAGCAUGGGGCAGGCACAGGCAGAGCGUGAGGCGGGGGGCGGGCGAGGGAAGGAGGGUGGGCGGGCAGACGAUCAGGGGGCUGAUGGGGAGAGCAAGGAGGGGGGCAGUGGGAAGCUGGAGUGGAGGGAGCAGCGAGUGAGUGGGAGCGGUGAGGAGGAAGGCAGCAGGGCGAGCCGAGUGAUGAGUGGGGCUGGGGAAGUAACCGCGCGAGGCCGAGAGGAACCGCCCACGCAAGGGCUUCGGGCGAGCGGCAGUGGCGGGACGACGGGGGGAAGGGGCGGAGAGGAGGACAAGGAGCAGAAGGCGAGGGGGGACGAGGGCAGGCAGCAGCGGAAAGAGGAAUGGAGCAGGGGCGGUGAGGGAUGUGUGGUGAGAGUAAGGCAAGAAAGGGAGAGAGGGACGGGAGGAGAGCGGGAUAGGGAUGGUGAGUGGGCACACAGGGAGGGGCGGUGGCAACGGGAAAGGGAGAGGAAGGGGAGAUGGAAAAGGGAGGAGAGGGAGAGGGAGACAAGCGGUAAAGGUGGAGGAUGGGGACGAGGGAAGGAAGGCAGUCACUCUGAGGGACAGGAGCGGGUAGCCGAGGAGGCGAGGGCGAGAGGAGGUGAAGUUGAAGGCGACAAUGAGAAAGCAUGUGUGAGAGUUGGUUACACGACGCACACAGCAGAUGCAGGGGCAAGAAAUACAGGUUCCAACAAUGUGGUGGUGGAGGAGGAGGAGGAGGAGGGGAAGGAGGGGAAAGGUCAGGAAGCAGCCAGAAAAAUGCAGUGGGAACGGAGGCAUAAGGAUAAGCGGGAGGAGAGGGAGAUAGAGGCGGAGGAGAAAGAAAGGGAGCGGAUGUGUGAGUUGGGGAGGGAUAGGGAAAAGAGGACAGAGAAGGGAAGAGAGGGCGAGAGCGAACAAGAGAAGGAUCGAGAAAGAAAGAGCGUGAGGGGGAGAGAGAAGGCAAGGGAAUAUGAGAGGGAGAGGGACAACAAGAGAGCACCGGUGCACGAGAGGGAUGGGGAGAGGCGAAGAGGGGAGAGGCACCAGGGUUGGGGCAGUGAGAGGCAGGGUGGGAGGGGGAGGGGCAGCAGUGGUGGGGGGGGUUAUGAGGAAAGAAACGAGAAGCAGGGCAUGGUGGAGAGGCGGAGGGACGUGUGGAAUGGGAGCUCCGCUGGCUUGAAGCCUAAAGAGAGACACAGAGGGACGUGGGAGGGGGACGAAAAGGCAGAGAGAGGCGAGAGGGGAAGGAACAGAGAUAGGGAUGGAGGCUGGGAGCGGGGUGACGACAGAAUGCGGGAGAGGAAGGCAGAGAGGGAGACGAGGGGGAGGGACAGGGAUGAGGAGAGGGAGAAGGACGCGAGGAGAAGACAUGAGUUCAAGGAGAGCGAGAGGGGUGAGCGGUGGGAUGGCAGCAGAUCCAGGGAGAGGGGCUGGUCGAAUGAGAGGCUCAAGGGCAGGCACGAGCACACAGAAGCAGCUUCAGCGGAGGGGAGGGGGCAGGGGCCAGAGAGAGCAGAGGUGAGCAGACAGGGUAGCGGGCGUGAGCAUGGGAGUGCGAGGGAGGGCGAGCGCGUGUUGUCUGUAGAGGAGCGAGAUGAGGCGCCGGGGAGGGGUGUCGAUGGUGGCAACGGCUUGGGGGCUAGUCAGGAAGCAACAGAUGGGGCGCGAGGGGACAGGGGCGCCGUGAUGGAACGGCGCACGCGGGACAGGGCGACAUCCCUGUGUUUGGACCACGUGGCAGGGCGCUGCCCCCUGCCCUCCGCCCGCUGCUUCCGCCACCACCUCUCCCCCGCUCAGGAGGAGCACUUCUACCAGCGGGGCGAGCUGCCUACAGACGCCAUGCAGCCCGCCUCCUGGGUGAUUCAGCGCCGCCUGCUCCUGCACCCCGCGCGCCCCCGCCCGCUGCAGCCUCCCCAUGCACGCGCGCCCUCUCCCCGCGAGCCCACCCGUGCAGAUGAGGCGCAGCACACGCCCACCUCCUCCCACCCCCGCUCUGAGAGCCCACGCCAGCAACAACAGCAGCUGGGGGGUUCGCCUGGGAAGGGAGGGGCAGGGCUGCUGACAACGCCAGGGGGGCUGUUGCCGUCCCCAUCCAUCUCGCCCUCCUUGCUGGGUGCCCCUCCUGCCGGCACACCCCCCUCCCUGCUCCACCCCCUUCUCCCACUGCCCCCCCCUGCUGCCCCCUCUGCGCCGCCCACCGCCCAUGGCACAGGAGCAGCGACCUGGGGGACCCUGGGUGUGAGCAGACCUGCCUUGAGCAGUGGUCAGCAGCUCGCUGCCACUGCCGCUGACUGUGCUAUUUCAGCUGCUGCUGGUGCUGUGGCAGCAGGGCCAGGGGUUGUGGGUGUGGCUGCUGUGUUGCCGCCAGCAAGCAUGGGAGCGGGCGGCAGUGAGGAGAGGGGGCGAGGGGUAGGGCUGGGGGGGGAGGAGAGGGAGGGAGGGGCAGGGAAGGCAAAGGCGCGGGUGAAGGUGGUGAUCAACGAGUGGGGGGUGGUCAUUCCCCCGCACGCCCUGCUGCCUGCCAUCAAGCGCCGCAAGCUGGACGCCCCCCUUCCUGCUGCUGUUCCACCCGCACAGGGCAAUGGCGCCAUGACAAGUGGCAGCAGAGGGGUGGGACCUGCCGGUGUAGCGGCAGCUUCAGCAGCGGCGGCAGCAGCAGCAGGCAGGGUGGGUUUGUCGGUGGGGCUGUUGGCGGCACUGGAGAGAGUGGUGGUGCCGCGCGUGGCUGUGGGGCUGCUGCCCGUGCUCUCGUGCCCCACUGCUGCACCCAAUGAGACACACACAGGGACUGACACAGAUACAGCCACAGGAACUGACACAGUGACUCCCGCAGACUGUAGCACCGUUACAGUCGCACGGACUGACACGGGAACUCUCCCCAGUGCCCGCACUCUCCCACUGCACUGGGCUGACGUGCCGUGUGCACCUCUCCCUGCCCACCACCGCACAGCCUGGUUUCUACCCCCUGCCCGCCUCGCCAGCCCCGCUCUCCCCCUGGCCUGCAAUGCUGGUGUCGCCUGCACGGGGGCGGGCUGUGCUGUGAGCGUGCGCUGUGACAUCCCGGCCUCGCUGCUGCCCGCCUCACACACAUGGCAGCCUCUUGCUCACGCACAGGGGGGCACCCUGCCGCCUGCUGCACCCGCCCUCAACCUCUCGGCCUCCCCGCAACAGGAACAGCGAGGGGAGCAGGGGGAGCAAGAGGGACAGGGGGGCCAUGAGGGCGGCAAGGGGGAUGACAGCGCUGAGCGCGGUGGGUGGCAGUGGUGCGUGCAGCAGGAGGGCGGCGGGCAGCUGGCAGGACUCAUGCGGCAGUGGCGCUGCUCCCACACCGGCACCCCCCUGCCGCUCUCCUGCACCCGUGCCUGCAGCAGCGGUGCUGGCGCUGGCAGUGGUAGCGGCAGUGCAGAUGGGGAUGGGGAGGCAGGGAUGGGCCGCGAGACGGACAGCAGCAGCAGCGACGACAGCGAGAGUGAGAGCUUGGGUGGGAGAAGUGAGGGCGCGAGUGGCAGCUGGGACCUGGGUGCUCACCACCACUCGCAGCUGGCGGGUGGGGACGACGCAGGUGAGGACGAGGAGGAGGUUGGUGACGGGAGAAAGAGUGGGAGGGAGGGCAGCGAGGGGGGUGCGGCGAGUGUGGGUGAGGCGGUGGGGAAACGGAGUGGACAGGUGAGCACUCCAUGUGUGCUGCCAGCGGGAGAGGCUGUUCCCUCGAUUCACGUGGCCAGGGGUGCGGAUGGGACAGGCAGGGGGCCGCAGGUGCAAAGCGAUGGAGAGGUGAACAAAGCGGUUGAUAUGGUGGGGCUGGUUACUGGCGAUAGUGGUGGAGGUGGUGGUAGUGGUGAAGGCAAUGGUGACGGUGGAGUGAAGGGUGCGAAGCCGGAGGACGAGGAGGAAGAGUGGGUGGGGGAUGGAGAAGAGAAGCCGGCAUGUGCAGUGAGAAUUCUCCCCAAUGCUGCCACCACCAGCACUGUGCGACUGCCACCUGCCCCCCUGCCCCUGCACGCCCUCGCCCAACCGCCCUUCCCCUCGCCCAAGAAGGAGCGCACUCAGCGCACCGUGCCCCGCCGCCUCCUCUCCUUCCCACCCCUCGCCCUCCCUGCCCUCCCUGCCCUUCCCCCCCCACUGAUCCCCCCCACUCCGCGCACCCCCCGCCCCAGUGCCCCCCCCAGCGCAUCCCGCAAGGCCAUGCCACCAGGCAGGCGGGCAGGCGGCAGUGUGGAGACUGCGGAGGUUGGGGGGGGGGCGGGCAGUGGGGCGGCAGAGGCUGGAAGUGACAAGGCCGGUGGUACGGCAGGGAAGGUGGAGGGGCACAAGGACCAAGCAGGCCUGAAGGAGGAGGAAUUUGAGGUAGGUGCGGGUGCUGCUGGUGCUGGUGGUGGUGGUGGUGGUGGUGUUGGCGGUGGUGGUGAGAAUGGGGCUGGGGCUGGCAGCAGUGGUGAGUGGAGGGCGAAGGAGAGACAGCGUGCACGGGCCGAGGGAGAGAGGGCUGGAGCAGAUGGUGAGGAGGAGGAGGCGGGAAGGGGAGUGGGUGCAAAGGCUGUGGCGCACAGGGGGAAGCGGGUAAGGGAGGAGCAACAAGGGAUCGACAUUAAGAGACAGCGGAGGGAAGGAGCAGCUGGUGAAGGGGGAGAAGAGGGAGAGCGGGGAGAAAGGGGAAAGAGCAGAGUGGGGGGAGAGGAGGGGGCAGAGGAGGGAUAUGGGGCGGAGGAGAAGGGUGUAAAAGGGAAAGGGGCGUUGGAUGGAGAUUGGAGGAGGGGAGGGGUGGUGGGAAGAGGGGGAGGGAAGGGCAGAGGAAGAAAGAGAGGGGCGGCGAAUGGGAAUGCAGGCGAGCGAGAUAGGGCAGCGCAGCAGGGGGAGAAGCAGAGGAGCAUGCAGCAGCAGCGCGACAGGCGGGGGCGAUGGAGGCAUGGGGGCAAGCGCGGUGGCAUGAAGGGGGGAGGCGGGAGGAGGGCGGUGAGGACGGAGGGCAAGGAGGAGGGUGCAGCGAGGGUAAGUGGUGCGGAUGGCAGAGAGAGGGAGGGAGGGAGGGCGCAAGAGAAUGAAGAGCAGAUGCAGAAGCAGGUGAAGGAGGGUGCAAGGGAGGAUGGUACAAGGCGGAGUGAGGCACGGACCAGUGAUAGGAAACGAGGCGGUGGCAGGGGAGGGGGCGGGUCGGCACUGUCUCGAUGCCGCGAGGGGCAGGUGGGGGUGGUGGGUGCAGUGGGUGGGGCGAAGGGCAGCGGUGGUAAGCAGGAGACGGACGGGCUGUGGUCUGGUGGGAGCAGUGAGGGGAUGCAUGGGCACGGGGGGAGAAGUGUGGGAGGUGGUGGGAGUGAGGGGGACGAGGAGAGUGCGAGUGAGAGUGAGAGUGACAGCUUCUCAAGCCUGUUUCGAGAGGAGGAGAGUGAGGAGGAGAGUGGGGGCCAGGGAGGGGGCGAGGACAUAGAGGUGGAUGGGCCAAACCUGGAGGGGCACGCGGCAGGAGGGGGUGGAACAGAGAGGAGUGCGUCACAGGAUGGCAGUGGUGCUUCUGGCAGCGGUGGUGGCAAGGAGUCUGGCAUGGAAGGCUGGCAGCAGGGCGGCAGGGGGAGGGGAGGGGAACAUGGAGGGGAGCAGGAGGGAGGGGGAGGGGCGAGCAGGGCGGGGCAGGCAGGCAGCGCGUGUCUGGCCACCAGCAGCCCUGCCUCCGCCGCCACACCCCUGCCACACCUCGCUGCCAGCCCCCACCUGCACUGCACCACAUACGUCACUGCCAGCUCUCACCUGCUCGCCAGCCCGUACCUUAACGCAAGCCCGCGGUUCACGAGCCCGUACCUACCCUACAGCCCCGGCAUGGGCGCCAGCCCCGUGGGCAGCACCACCUUCUCCCCGCACCCGCUGCUUGACGCCCCGCUCUCCUCGUGUGCCUCGCCCGCUGCGGUGCUGGCGGGCGAGGAGGGUACAGAGGAGAGAGGGGGUGAGCAGCGGCGUGGUGAGGAGAGGGGCAAGCGGAGGGAGAGGACACGUCUGGAGAAGGACGUUGCUGGUGCUGCUGUGGUGGGGCAGGCAGGCGCACUGGAAGGCAUUUCUGUGCCCGCUGCAGCUGCUGCCUCGGCUGCUGCUUCUGCUGCUGCCGGUGCGCCUUGCCAGGACGCCUCUGACGACCCAAGCAGAGGGUGCUCCGCUCUUGCCCCCCCUGCUGUUGCUGCUGCUGGCAGCAGUGGUGGAACGGUUGGGAGUGGUGACUUGGGAGGUGGAAUGCUGGGGAGCGGUGACAAGGGUGGGGGAACAGUUGUGAGUGGUGACUUGGGUGGUGGUGCUGGCCUGGAGUUGAAAGCGGUCAAGAGAGGUGCAGAGAAGAGAGGGCGCGAGAUGGAGGAGGAAGCAGAAGCGGGGUUGGAGGGCGAUGAGGAGCGUGCGGAUGGCAGGAAGGGGGGAUCAGCGGGCGAGCUAUGGGGGUUGAAGCGCCAGCGGUCGAGGAGAGGCGGCAGGCCCGUGGUUGCUGGCAGCGGGGGAGCGGGGGAAGCGAGGGAAGCAGUAGAGGGAGGGGAGGUGAGGACAGGAGGUGCGAUGGAGGGAGUUGUGAGAGGCGUGGAGCAGCCUGUAGGGUCGUGA